GCUGAAGCGUUUGGCUCUACGUCUACGUGUCUGUGGCUCUAUGGCGGUAGGUCUGCGCGCGCUCCAGCGGGAAACACGGAUUCUACAGUGUGACGUCUAUGCUGUCACCGAGGAAACAUGGAGGCGGAUGAAGAUCCUCCGACUCUCCAGUCAAAGUGUUUCCAGAUAGUGAGGGAACAUUUCUCAGCUCUGGACCGUCGAGUUCUUCUAGACCUUCCAGUUCCGGUUCUGACGGAUCUUCUCCCUCAUCUGACCGCCUGUCAGCUGGAUGAACUCCAACCUGCUCUGAACCUGAGAGGCAUUUCCACGAUCUCUGGAUGGAAGGCGAUCCUCCAGGAAGACCUCGGACCGACACGGGUCCGUGACCUGCACACAGAAGAAGAGGCCAAACGGAAGGCCAUGGCGUGGCUGUUCCGACUCGUGUUCUACGGCUUCAGGAGCCGCUACGUGCAACGGAACCUGCGGAACCUGGACACGGUGGACUUCCUGUCGGCGGCGGCCCGGUGCGUCCGGCAGUUUGUGGUGGUUCCGCGCAAAUAUGAGUCCCUGCAGAGCCUGGCCGCAGACCGGAGGAAGGUUCUGGACCUGUUGGAGCAGAACGUGACGAGCGUCAGCGUGACGCAGUCGGAGGAUCCUCGUGGCGAGAAGACCCGGGCGGCGCUGUACGUCCUCCAUCGCCUGCUGGAUCACGGACGGGCCACCGAGCUGGUUCUGUCCACGCAGUGGUCUCUCGGUCUGGCCUGGAUGCUACGUGGACGUGGAACCGGGUUCUCCGAUAACUCAGACGACUCGGACCAACGACCCUGCAAGCGCUCCAAGCUGGACCCGCCGGAUCCAUGUGACGCCCCUACAGUGGGACCAUGUCCCCGGGGACAGAUCGGGUCUCUGGUUGUCAAUAUGUGCGACUCGGAUUCUCUCCGGGUCCUGAACCGGGCCCUGCCCACGUUCUUCAGUCUCCGGUCUCUGAGUCUUCAGAGCGUUGACGUCCUGUCGGACUCACAGGUCCUGGACCUUUCUCGGGCCCUGCAACAGCUGUCUCUCAGUUCUCGGUCCUCCUUGUCCCGCCUGUCGGUCCAAGUCCUGCCCCGGACGGGUCUCUUGGGGACCCUGCUGGACUCCACUCCCGGUCUGACCUCCCUGCGGGUCUGCAUCCGGUCCGAGACACCGGGGACGAGUCGGCCCUCCCCGACGGAGGCGUCCUCCUCCCGGCUGCCGCUGCGGGAGCUGAGCAUCCAGGUCUCAGAGCCCAGAACCGACCCGGUCCUGAUCAGCUCCCUGCUGCGCCGCUGCCCGGACCUCCAGAACCUGCACCUGGAGAGGAUGAGGAGCGGAACCUCCCAGGACCAGCUGCUCCGCACGCUGACAGACUGGAACGUCCACAGUCUGAGGACUCUGGUCCUGGAGGACCUGAAGCUGUCCGAUUGUGUCCCUCACAUCAUUCGUCUGCUCAGAAGCUGCAGGCUAGAAGAACUGCGGCUGACUGACUGCCGUCUCCUGGAGGCCUGUGAGGACAGAGAGGACAGACUGCGUCAGCUGGUGUCCGCGGCCAAGGCCGUCCCAACCCUGAAGGUCCUAGGCCUGGCUCAGAACCGCCUGGCCAAGAGCGUGUGUGUCCUGGCAGAGCUGUUCUCUGGACGUCCAGCCGGCUGCAUCCAACACCUGGACAUCAGCUCCAACUUCAUCCAGGCCGCCGAGCUGCUGGAGCUGGCCCGGCGGCUGCGGACCCGCCCGCCCGCCCGCCUCCCGACCCUCGACCUCAGGAAGAACCCGGGCGACCGCGACCCGGAGAGCUGGGGCGCCGCCCUGAAGGCGCUCCGCCCCUUCGCCUCGCCGCUGAGCGACGGGUGGAAAUCCGCCGGCGCGAUGCUGGACCACGUGAGCAACAUGUGACCCCACCCCCCAAUAAAGUCGAUGACGAACAAAAGGUGGGUUUGAG